GUGAAUACUGUUGUAUACUUUCAAGCAAUAAUUGUACUUUCAGACCUUUCAAAGUACGAGAUCCAUCUCACAUGUCUUUUAACGCCUAUGGAGGACCAAUGAAAUUUCAGAUCGAUGGGAUAUUGAAUUGACUGCUUGUGGUGUACAAUAUGUAUGGAUGAAGUUUCCCAUCUAGCGCUUGUUUCAGAUAUGGCGCAACUCAAUGCAUAGGAGUGAGAAGGACAAACGGUAUGAUAGACAGUUGAGGCUAUGGGGUGAUCAUGGGCAGUUUGCACUUGAGUAUGCCAAGGUGUGUCUUUUGAGAGCUGAAGGUUUGGGGGCAGAAAUAUUGAAAAAUUUAGUACUUCCAGGCGUCGGCAGCUUCACAAUUAUAGAUGAUUCCUAUGUAACUGAUAAAGAUUUAGGAAGCAAUUUCUUCGUUACAGAAAAUCAUAUCGGAAAGGCAAGGGCACAGGUUGUAACAGAGUCUUUACUGGAGCUAAAUGACGAAGUCAAUGGAAAUUACUUGAUCGAGGAUGUUCGCGAUUUGUUAGAAAGGGACCCUCAAAUUUUCUUUUCCUUUGAUAUUGUUAUCGUAACAGAUGCCAGAGAAAAUGAUGACUUUUUGAUCUGCGAGGGUAUUAGGGUCGGCAAUUUCCUCUGUACACCUCACAAAUAUUUACGUUACUACCCCUACUACUUUGAUAUUUGAGCGGACGAUCUCUCAGUGCAUAUAGGCUAUUGAGACUUAGAGCAGUGUACAUUUAUACCAGGUUAUACGUCGCUACUGACUGGUUCGUAAUCAUUGUUUCCUCGUCUUUUUUGUGCACGUACACAAUGAAUUUUUAUUCCAUUCUCAUAUUGCUUUAUAUGACAUUCAGUUUGUCAAAAAAUUUGGGUGGUCACUCUUGAGCCGACUUGAAACUGUUAAAUUAAAGCAUGUUUUAAUCCAUAUGGUUCAUAAAUUUCCCUAGAGAAUCAGUGUUUAGAAAACUCGUGUUAAACCAACUGAUCUUUUGUACUUAUCUGCAGGCUACUAGAGAUUUAUUUCCCAAUGCAUUUUUUAAUAUUACCGAUAUCACAUAUUCUCAACCUGUUUUCGGGCAAGUUUUGCAACAAAAUGGCAAAAAAGUAACGGUUGUUUUUGUUCAUAAUUGGCUAUUCAUAACUGAGCCUGAUUUUGUACCAAUAUUUGCAAACUAUCUUGUCAUUUCGUAUGUCACGUUUUCUGGUCAGCUCAAUAUUAGUCACUUGAUUACCCGUAUGCAUAACUGGCCACUAUUUUCCCGUGGCGUACAUGCUUAUGUAUGCACUGUGCAUACCGGUGGGUAGAUCCAGUAACUUUUUGUGCGAUGUAUCCACGUUCCCAUACUUAUGAAGUAUGGUGCGCAACCAGAAAACCGGAAUCUUAAAACUUUGUGCAUGCCGAAACUCCUCACUCUGAUAGAAAUAGCAACUCAAGUCGAUUCACGUUAAUAUCAGUUCCUACGUUGACUGUGACUAGCAAAAUAUGUUGUGAUUCGAUCCCUAAUGAUCGAUAUUCAGCAACUAAGUCCCAGGCACGAACCUCGUUCUACCUAUUUCGGUCUGGAAAUCCGGGUUGCACAAUUACUCCUCAAACUUAGAGUGGUAUGUAUUAAGUAUUUGACGAGUGGGUUUGUUUAAUUUUUAUUUUUUAAAUAAAGAAACACGCUCUACAUUGAAACGUCUGUACUGAGAACUUGAUUGUAUUCACGCUCCAUUAGUAGUUAAUAUCCAGUGGUUCCUUGUGUUGACUUCAUAUGAUCACAAAAGUUGGAUUGUCGGCGUUUACUAUUAAGAACAGACAUCCAUCGUUAACCACCUCAAGAACUUAAAAUAAUAACAGGUGUACUACCUUGCUGAUUACUCAAAUUACCAUUUCUCAAUGUCUUGAAUGUUUUUGCAAUGACAGUGUAAUCGCACCAGAAUAUCAGAAAUUACUUGGUCACCGUUAGCCUGAGUAUUACUGAUAGGAACUUACACAAUAGCGGUUGUGGUUGCAUAUUCAAAUUCACGAGCGGAAAUUUGGUUUCAAUUGUCAGAUGCUUGUAGGUUUCUCUUGGAAAAAAAGUGAAUUUGUAUUAAAAAUUUUACCACUGCGUUUAGUGUUAUGACGAAACUCUAAUUCAGUGAUCUACACCGUUAAUCAUAAGUUCUCAGGUUCAAGAUAUUUCCACUUACCUCAAUUCGAGCACCUUGAUUUCAUCUUCAGCUCCACAACAAUGAUAAAGCAGGUUGAGCACAUACUAAUUGCGUAUAUUUUUAAUCAGAGUAUGAUUUGGUGUCUAAUUAAUUCGUCAUCAUUUAUUACAUGUAUUGGUCGUGUUAGUAAUGUGACAAUCUGAAAUAAUUUCUGUUCAGUUCGGGCAUUCAAAUGGGUGAGUAGCUGUAGACAAAAAACUAUGACUUCAUGGUACUCUGGUCACGUCACAACUUGGUAUCCGAAGAUUGAAGUUAUAAUCAUAUGAUUUUUGAGUAGUCCGAGAUUUCAGAGUUCAUCAGAAUAUCUAUGUUGGAUCUUCAUUUAAAAUAUCAAUUAACCAAUUUGUAGAAUUGUAAUCUUAGUGCAUAAAUUUGAACAACCAAUACAAAUGUUUAUAAUCUUUUGUUGAUAGAUUACUCAUUCGUCUCAGUCAGCUUUUGAGUGGUACUUCUAUCACUUUGGUGGUAUGCUUCAGCAUUGGUGUCAUUGGAUAUUUAAGAAUCUGUUCUCCUGAACAUGUGAUAGUCGAGUCACAUCCAGAUUCCUAUUGCCCCGAUCUAAGACUUGAUCGACCAUUUCCUGAUUUCGUUAAAAUGGUAGACGAACAACCGUUAGAAGAAAUGACAUCUGAAAAGCUUUGUCAUACACCGUGGCUCAUAAUUGUUUAUGUUUUUCUGCAGAAGUUUAUUUCUCUACACGGCCAUUUUCCAAGAAAUCAUAAAGAAAAGGCAGAGAUUAAAGAUAUGAUUUCUAAAGGUGCGGUUGAUCUUUGGAGUCAAUUGUGUAAACGUGAGAAUAACCUGGAUUCAUCUUUUGUCUUGGAGAAUUUUCAAGAAGCAUGUCAGGCAGUCAAUACAGCAGUUCUACCGACUACAGUUAGUUUAUUUCCUGCAGAUGUGUUUUCAAAAAGUUGUUUAUAAUUGUAGUCACAUGGUCCUAAUCGAUUUGAUGUUACAAAAUUCCCUACUGGGUGGCACAGUAGUAGUUAAAGUUUACUUUACUCCUUUAUUUGAUACGUGGCUGUUCGCUGUUAAAAUUCGCGAAAUAUGCUGUUUACGUCAUGUCUAAUGAACACCGAAACCUUAGUGUUCCGUCUGUUUUCCAGGUUCUUCACUUUAAGAAAAUAAUAAGUCGACUAUGGUUUAAUCGACCAUCACCAUUACAAAUCCUUGAAUCUUCAAUGCUUUGGAAUUACCGAGUUAGGCAAUAAUUAUUUGAUUGUUUUACUAUACACUGCUUUCUAGUAUUAUGUAAACUAGUAAUCUGAAUCGCAUUAAACUCAAACCCCUUUUAAACAAUAUGACAGUAUUUUUUCUUGCUGAGAAAACCAAAAGGCAACGAAACUGCUUCUUCUCUUUGACUCUCGUUAUUUUUUACAUACUGUUUCUCUGGAUGUAUCGUCAUAGUGGUGGUAAAUUUUCUUUUCUGUCCCAUAUCUCUUUGUCACCCAUCAUAGUAAGUUGAUGUUUAGAAAAAGAGUUCUACUUACGACAGUUGUAUAAUUCCUUUCAUAUAUGAAUAUAGUCUCAAAAUUAUGGUUUUGCAUAUUAUAUCUGUAAUCCUAAAUUGUUGUUUCUAGCUCUUUAUUAUUGGUGUGUUUACUAGUAUCGUGUUAAUCAUAGUCAUAUGACCAAUGUACUAUGUAAUUAUCUCAAGGAUACACUUGUUUUUCUAUUUUAUAGGAUCAUUUAAGUAAGUUUUUUUUAUGUUUUAGAUUCCUGAAAAUGUGAAGAAGUUACUCGAGGAUGACCGCUGUAAUGAUCCCUGUCUUACAAAUAUUGGUAUUUCGGGAUCCAGUAAUACAGUAUGUAAAUACGGGAAAUUACAUAUUUUGUUAGGAUUUAUUUAUUAAUUUCUGUACUAAAAUUAACUUAACCUCUCACAUCUUGAAGGUCACUGGUUUCAUCAAGUUCCUUUCCUAGUGAAGCUAAUGAUUAUUUCUUAACAUCCCUAGGCAUUAUUUUGCGCUAAAAGUUGAUUAUCUGCUUUAAAUAUUUAGUGGUUUCAUAUACAUAUUGAUACUGUUGUUUUAAAAAAGAGGUUUAACAACAAUUACUUCUGUGGUACACACAUAUUAUCUUCUUAUCAAAUUAUGUUAUAGUUAGAAAUAUUAUUGAAAACCGUUGUAAAUUGAGUAAAUCUAACUUCAUAUAAUUCUGUGUACAACGUCCUUAAGCGGUUAUCUUACAGAGUUAGUGAGCAUACUUAAGAGAACCUUGUGAGUAGCUUCCGAAAGUUGAUUAUCCGCUUACGCCAUCCUCAUUUUCAAACCCUCACUAUAUUACAUUUGCUGAAGCGUAUUUAGAAUAGAAAAUUGUGUUCAAAUUUUUGGCUGAAAUUACUUUCUAUGUAAGUCAAAGAACGAAAAAUGAGUCAGUAAUUAAGUAAAUUAGUGCUUCUUUGUGCCACCACAACAUUAGUGUAUAUUGCUGGUAAAUUCGUUAAAUUGUGGGUACAAAAUUUAAAACGCUGCGCAAAAUUGUCUGCCGAUACAACAUUCCACAUUUCUGAAAGAAUUCAUCUAUAUGAUCUAAUAAAUUUACCUUAUUUACUGUAUAUCUUUACUCACAUAAAUAGAAUCUAAAGUUUCCUACCAGGAACCACCAACAAUUACACAGAAAGAAUUCUGUUUACACAACUAUUUCACCUAUAAAAUUCUGGCGUCUAGUUCGUGCUCUACGAGAUUUUAUUGAACAUGAAGGUGAAGGACAAUUACCUGUACGUGGUAGUCUACCAGAUAUGAUAUCUGAUUCGAAGCGUUAUUUACAGCUUUUGUCUAUUUAUCGUGAACGUUCUGAAUGGGCAGUGGAACGCCUUGCCUCAAGAUUAUUGCAAUUCCCUGAUAUUUCUGUAGACGACGUACGUCUUUUUGUUAAAAAUGCAAGCUUCUUGAAUGUUGUACGUUGUCGGUCAUUAGAAGAGGAAAUGAAACUUUCACCAGCGCGUUCAGACGAUCUGAGUAAAUUCCUAUUUAUUGUUAAAAUUUGUGUUUCUUUAUCAGUAUCAAUGAUUUUAUUCUAAGCAAGUCAUACCCGUUUUUCAUUAUGGCAACAAAAGUUGUCUUGUAGACGUUGAUUUUCUUUCAGGUGUUCCACUUCCAAGGUAACAUAGCUCCACUAUGAAUCUAGUACUAACCUUUAAGAUUUUCAAGAAUCUGCUCUUCUUUAUAAGUACUGGCUAUGAAGCAGCUAGUGAUUUCCACUUCAUUUGGUCAGCAGCGUAUCCGAAUUUUUGGAUUACCGUUUCAAUUAACUGUAGACACAAAUGUGCAUUGAUUCAUCAAUCCCCACAUUCAAUAACUAAAAUAAGAGAAUAUUCGCAAUUCUUCGGUUAGAUAUUUUUACUGCUUAGUUAGUUAUGGUAGUUUUACUAGAAACUUGGAUUUAAUACCUCCUAAUUUAAAGCAUUAGUGUACUAUUUCGCAAUAGACUAAAUACUUUAAAAAAAAGCAACUCAAACUUCUUGAUGGCUGUCUUCUGUCGAGCAUAAUUACACAGUCACUUUACUUAUUAUUUAUUAUGAAUUCUAGUGGCUUGUCCGUAUACAAUAUAUGAACUCUGGUAUUUUCUUUUAGAUUUACUCCCAACACACAAAGAAAAUGAUUCCAUGUUGUGGUAUUUAGUUCUUAGAGGUGCUAGUAGUUUUCUGAUGGAAACUGGACGGUGGCCUGGUAGCUCCCAGCCUUAUACUACCACAUUUAAAUUCAGUACUAACAACCAAAAUCAAAACUCAACUGGAAUUCCAGUGCCACGUGAAGAACGAUUCUUCGCUACAAAUUCUGAACAGUUAGACAUAAACAUCAUUGAAUCUGACUUACCAACGUUACGGAUACACUUAAAUCGUGUACUCCAGUCGUUUGGGAUUGCAACGAAUCGUGUUAACACAGAUUAUUUAGAGGAAAUGUGUCAGUUCCGUGGUAAUGAGCUGCAUUCAGUGGUUGCAUUUAUGGGUGGAGUUGUAGCACAAGAAGUUAUCAAGUUAAUCACACACCAGUUUAUCCCAGUAUCGAAGCCGUUGAUCUAUAAUGCUAUUAACCAGAAAAUAGAAUUGUUGGAUUUUUGAUGAACGUUGUUGUUCAUAUAUGAGUUGAGUAUAUGCAUGUUAAAUAAAUGUUGUUUCCCACUUGAAGUACAUUUGUCACUCAGGUGACCUUUCGUUUUCUGAGCUGGAUGGUUUGGUUGUGGAACAUUCAUUUCUCAUCUGGAAAUCAUCAGCGCAAAUUUCAGGUAAAAUUUAAGCGUUCGGAUUUCCCCACAUGUGACUCACAGCUUGAGUGGUUAUUGACCGAUCCAAUUUAUAAACCAAUCAGAAAAAUCAUGGAUAAACAUGGUGUGGUACAAUCAAAUUAAAGAAUUAAACAAUGACAGGUUAAAGGUCAACAAUAACCAAUCAAGAUCGAUAGAACAUGCUGAGUCAUAUAUGAACAAAUUCAAACACAUCAUUUCUACCUGAAUUUUGUCCUGAUGAUGUUGUUGAGAAGAACAAUGAAAACACCAAAUCAUCCAACUCGGGGAACAAAACUUCUCCUAAAUGACUUACUAUAUCUUUGUCAUUUUCUACAUUCUGA